CCGAGAUAACAGGCAGAAGAGACCUAUCACGCGUUGCCCGCCAUAGUCGUCUUUCAGACACGGCGGUGGAUACUUGACCAAAACAGAAAUAGAAGCGCGCGUACCUGAAGCCACGUUCCCCACGCCAAGCGUGAGCUAUACAGCAACCAAGCAACAAUACAUGUCCAACCAGACAAUUAAUUCUUGCAACCUCUAUGUUUCUGGCUGAAGAUGCCAUUCGAACCCGGUGAUGGUCGGCGCUCAGUGUCUCCGUUAAGCACGGGACGCUCGUCGCCUGCUCUGCGUGCUCCUCGCCGGGUCGAGGACGCUGUUGCGCAGAAGGACAAGACGACUCGACGUUAUGCUACGGCUAUCGAACGCGCCCUUUCGUCCUUCGACAGCGCUCAGCAAGAAUGGGCCGACUACAUUGCCUUUCUAGCCCGUCUCCUCAGGGCCCUCCAUCCCCCUCCUCCGUCGCUUGAAUACCUGCCUCACGCUCAAUCCGUUGCCUUGCGACUGGCACAAUGUCUCAAUCCUGCCUUGCCCUCGGGUGUUCACCAAAAAGCCCUCGACGUCUACGCCAGCAUCUUCUCCUUCCUCCCUCCUCCAUCUCUUGGUCAGACACUACACGUAUACCUACCAGGAUUAGUCCCCGUCCUGUCCUUCGCCUCUCUAUCUGUACGACCCUUGUUCUACUCGGUCGUUGAGGACCGCAUCUUGAAGCUGGAUUCCGAGCAUAUUCGCCCUGCUACAAAGUCACUCAUUUUGGCCUUGCUACCUGGUAUCGAGGAUGAAACAAGUGAGGACUUCGAUAGAGCUUUCCACAUUCUCGACACUUUGCGCCAGUCAUCCUCUCGCGAUAUAGAGGAUGGUCCACAUGCAGAAGGGAAGGACGGCUAUUUCUGGCAGUGCUUCUUUCUCGCUGUAAUCACGAAUCCGUCUCGUAGGCAGGGCGCUCUUGCUUUCCUGACUCGCAAACUCCCAAACUUCGCGCCAUCCAAGACAUCCACAGAAUCGGCCCAGACCGAGCAUCGCACCCUUCCCUUGGCUGCGCAAGCUGCUAUCAAUCCUGAGCCCGGUCUGCUCGUGCGUUGUUUCGCUGCUGGUCUUCAAGAUUCGCAGAUUCUGGUCCAGCGCGGAUUCCUCGAUCUUCUCGUCACGCACUUACCUCUUCAUUCUCCUGUCUUUCGCAACCAUGUCAGAUCCAAAGACAUGGUACUAAUCACUACCGCUGCCGCUAAUUGUGUGCUGAGAAGAGACAUGAGCUUGAAUCGUAGGCUAUGGUCAUGGUUCCUCGGUCCCGAUGCGACUGCUUCCGAGGCUGAAGACGGCGCGCCCUUGUCGCCCACAGACUCACGUGGCAACGUUUCACAGAAACAAGCUCUAUACUUCCAGAAGCAUGGUGCGGCUCCUCUAGAGAAGAGCAUCAUGAACAUGCUCGGUCAGCAAUGUGCCAAUCCGGCAGCCCGUGCGAGACCCUUCCGCGUAUGUCUCUCUCUGAUGGAUCGCUGGGAAGUCGGUGGCUUGAUCGUCCCCAAGGUUCUACUCCCCGCUCUUCGAAACGUGUUUGAGUACAGCCAUGCCAGUACUCCAAAACAACUCGAGGAAGUCGUUCGCAGCGCGAGUCUCUUCUUCGAUGGUGUGGAAAGCAGUCUGAUCUGGUCACGUCUUAUCAGUGUGCUUCUCUCAUCUUUUGAUUUGCGACAAUUUGCUGAAAUAGACUCAAUUCGGAGCCUUGAGUUUCUGCAUUUCGUCGUUGAUCGCUUUGAUAUACGUGAUGAAGAGAUGCUCCUGAGGCACAUUCCAAACACGCUACUAAUUCUGCUAUCUCGUCUUGGUUCUAUCCUGCGCGAGGACACAGAUGAAUCAGAACGUUUCAUGGUUCUUGUGUUGGGUUUCGCACAACGUCUGUUGCGCGUGCUACCUCCGCGUGCUUUCGCUAUGGAUGAACCAGAUGCUUCUCUUGAGACUACUUGGCAACCUGCGAAGCGCCCCUCAGUUGUCAAGAUACUCGUGCAGCAGUAUAUGAAAGAGGACUUCGAAGAAACAACAACAGAAUCCGAGGGAUUGAACCGCAAGUGCAUCGCUGAGUACACGAUACAAAGCGUGAUGGAGGUGCUGAAACUAGUUCUGACCUCAAAGGUUUUGGUGAACCAAUUAGGUCUGAUCACAGAUUGUUUCGUGAGCAUCAUUACCAAGACACCGAACUCAGAAGCUUUUCGCAGUGCGAACAUCCAUGACACAUUUAAACAGGCGCUUGAAAAGGAGAGUCUGCUGCAGGACUCCUCGACUGAGCAGUCCUCGUUCCUGGUCAUCAGCUCAAUCAUGUCGGUCAUAGUCGCAAGCCUUUCAGGGAAUCAGUCGCAAUAUUUCAGCCACGAACAGAUCAUGGAUCUUCAGACCAAUGUUCUGAACGGUAUUUGGCACCACCUAUCGCCGUUUAGACCAAAGUACCAUGUCGAGGCUGUGCGACUCAUAUGGCAACUUGAGAGUUUGACCAAGGCCGAACAUCAGGUCGAAGCACGUCUGGCCUUACUCGUCAGUGAUCAAUCUGAGACCGAUGGUUCGGAACUCGCAUCCAGGUUUACGGUGCUUUGGGAACAUACCAUGCAAAGCUUCAACCUAAGGUCCGAAGGCUCCGGACGGCCGAUGUCUCGCAGACCCAGUGUUAUGCCCACUGCAGGCGAAUCUGGUAGUGACGUUGACUCGGAAAAGGUUCUGACGAGACCUCUGCUCUUGCUUCUGGACUCGCUCAACUCCGAAGGUACAGGAGCUGCUGACGUCGUCCGUUCAUGGCUGCAAAGUCUCUCUAGCCUAGACAGAAUCUUCUACAUCAUAUGCUCUAAGCUACAGAAUGACGUGGAAUGUUUUGUGGACCAAGCAAGCAGGAAGGAGGGUCGUCAUCGAACCAAAAGAAACGCACAACAGAGUCUGGACGACAUUCACUUCUGUUUUCAACACUUACGGAAUCUUCUGCGAAAUCCCAACGAACAUAUGUGGCUCACUCUCUCAAACCUCCAGUUCGGAUUUCCGAGCGGCCCCCGAAGUCAAAUCGCAAAGACUGAUGCCAUCGAAUUUCUUGCAAGGAUGUGCUUGAAAACACUCGCCCUGCAAGGGCACACAGUCUCGCAGUCACUACAACAUGCCUCGCUCACUAUUCUUCAGACCCUCAUUGAGUGUCCGAACCCGCCACUCCUGAAUCAGCUCGAGGUUGACAAUGCAUUGAUUGAUAUAUUAAGUAAGGCUCUAAAAGGUCCGAUCGGAGCACUGCAGACUGUUUACCUCGAGACAAUAUCCAAGGCCCUCAAGCUGCGAGCGACAUCUGUGCAGAGCGCAUUUGCCCCGCCGAAGAGUCCGCUCGCCUCUCACAGACCUUCGCUCACCAUCGAAGUGCCCGAGAAGAUACCGCUACCGAUGGUCUCUACGCCUCCACCGGAGCUCUUGGAUUGUCUUCGAAGCGGGUUAUCGUCACCCUCAAGUCGCUUGUUCUUGGAACAUUGGGUUGACUUCCUUGACCAGGUCCUACCACUUUAUGCAGAUGCGGUGUUCGCAAAUCUGUUGCCGCUAGUCGAAUGCAUAUGUAAGCAGGUUUCGAAUGCUUUCCGUUAUGUGAAGCAUAUCUCGCACUCGACCAAAGAGAGGAUCGAGUCUGUGCCUAUAUCUACCCUCUCUGCACUACUACAUGGGCUUGAGCUUGUUCUUGCUCACGUUCAUCGCCAAUUUCAGAAUGAAGAGGUCAUAAUGCCUGCACCAAAGUCUCCUGAGCCUUCGCAGGGCUUCUUUGGCAACAUUUCGGGUGUAUUUGCGCAAGACGGCCAACACGCGCCACCGAGCAAGACCAGUCGCAUGAACAGUAGGCUCACCAUGAUACUGUCAUUCCAGGACGCUAUCCGUAUUUGUUUCUCUAUCUGGGCAUGGGCGAGUAAUGAGAGUGGCCGAUCAGACACGACAUGUGCGGCAACCACUUCGUUGAAUGCACUAAAACUGAGGAAUCGAACGAGAAAAAUUCUUGAGAAUCUUUUCGCCGCUGAGGGGUUGGAGUGUCUGGAGACAUUAGCACUGAUCUGGUCCCGACCCAAACCUUCUGAGGAAGCCGAGUCUGCGGCCGUAUUCAGUCUGCUUCUAGUCUUGGAUGGAUCACGGCCAAAGAACACCGUCCCUGUAAUCAUUAAUGCUCUUUACAGUCGGACGAAUAUCGAUGCUCUGGAUAUUGGACGCAGGUCAAGCUUGACUUCCGAUCUUUCCACGGCAGAAGUGGCCGCUUUCUUGCUUAGCUAUUCGCGUGCAAUCGAAGACGACGCCACUGACGAAAUAUGGACUGAGUGCACGAUUUUCUUGAGAGACGUGCUCUCUAAUCCACUGCCUCACAGACAAAUUCUCCCCUCCCUCUUGGAGUUCACCGUCUUGCUCGCUGAGAAGAUCGACAACACUAAUUUCGGCGAACUGCGUAAGAUGCGUCGCGAAUUAGGCGAUAUCUUCCUUCGCUUGUUGACGGCGACAUUCACGGCAAGACCGCUUACCAAUAUUCUUGAGGCCCCAACGACUGGGUCGCAGCUUCCUAGUGGUGCUAGCGACCUCAUACACAGUCUACUCUAUGUGACGCCAAAACUCCCCACCAUAUUGCAGAGUAGCGACAGAGUUCAGACGGCUGUGAACAUCAUCUCGAGUAAUGUCAUGACACCGGCCUUCCAUGCGAAAUCGUUCCCCGAAAACAUCAAUAGAGACUUGUUGAAACUCUUCGAAUGCGUUGCUCAGCAGGGAUCAACAUCCAAGUACUGGAAGAAGGAUAUCGCAGACGCGUUCAACAACCCUCGACUGUUGACUUGUUCUACGGAAUUGAUUCAGGACGGGUGGUAUCCUGUGCUUCGCAAGUGGGCGUUGAGCGACAAGGAUCGUCUUCCGGAGCUGCUGUCGAAGAUCACCACACCUUCGACUGCCGGUAUCAUGUUUGGCGUAGGCGCUAAUGCUGCACGUCUCGAAGCCGACCGCAAGACUCAGCUUACUCUGCGGAAGACAAUGCUUCUCAUGCUUGCCUGCGAGCAAGACACUUUCGUAGGCAGUCUGACACAGAUUCUGGACAAGGUUAUCGAUCUGUGUACCGCCGAUCCCUCUUCCUCGCCUUCAUCUACCACAAGAUCAGAAGUUUUCAUGGUUUUGCGCGCAAUGAUUUUGUCAUUCUCGCCAGUCCAUCUAUCUGCCGUCUGGCCUGUCUUGAAUGCUAAUCUUCAAAGAGCGAUCACGACAUGCUUGCCUGGUGGAAGUGUGCACGAGCAAGAGACGUAUAGUAAUCUCUCACUCUUGCAAGCCUGUAAGCUCCUCGAUCUCCUGACGACUCUGUCGCCUGACGAGUUCCAACUGCACGAAUGGCUCUACAUCACCGACACAAUCGACGCUGUCUACCGUCCCGUGGACCUCAAUCCGGUCGCCCUAACUGACGAAGUAGCAGAGGUCUUGGGCAUGGAAAACUCCGAGCAUUCCGUGUUUACACCUUCCAACGCCCUCGGCACAUCACCUUCUGAGAGCGGUGCUAGAAAGCCUUUCUUGGGUGGCUCCGUUAUGGACGGCGCAGACACAAAAGCGAUGGCCAAGGACGACUUUCUGCGCAGUGUGCUACAGCCGUUCUUUAGUCAGCUGAGCAUGUACUCGUAUGAAGCUACGUACAGUAUGGGUGUACCUGAUGUGGAGGUGUGUAGACGAGGCUUGUUGGAGGACGUUUUGGAUGAAAGUACAAUGGCUUGAGAAGGCGGUUGACCAGUAAUUAGCCUGUGUCAGCGAAACUAUGAUGCUGAUUCUCUUGCAAUUAUCUCCCCUGGCCCCUGCAAGGAACGCCUGUUGCUCGGCCUUGACUCCGAUGCACGUCAACAUAGAUCCUUGCAUAUGCAUGUACUGUAUAUUUGUAACCGACGUAAGUGAUGUAGAUGGGAGAAGACUGUUCUAUGCAUGUCAUUGAGAUAAUCUGCUUGAUUCGAUAUGACGUGUUCCUUGGAUGCACGUAUGAGCACAACAAAGGCGAUGUAGUGAUGACCUCCUUCUCCAAUGAAUGUUUGACCGAAAUUGUCACGACCUCGACGGUCACGUCUUUCUUCUGAUAGUAUUCAAAACGCGCACGUUAGACAUCAAAGACUUUCAAAUUAGCAUGCU